AUCAGCAUGCAGAGAGUCGCCGUCUCCAGGGUGCAGGCGGAAGUAAUGCGCGUCCCCAUGGAAUCGCUCGUAGAGCACCUGGAGCGCUUCUCUGAGGUUCUGGCUGUCUCCCGCACUUCCCAUGUCAGCAGCUGGGACCCCGCGACCGUGCGCAGGGCCUUACAGUGGGCUCACUACCUGCGCCACGUCUACAGGCGCUUUGGCCGCCAUGUCCGCAUUCGCACUGCUCUGGAACAGCGACUGCAAAACCAGUGGAAGCAGGAGGGCGACUCUGGGCCCGCUCCAGCCCCGGGGUUGGUAAACUUCCAGGCGUUGGAGCACUGUGACCAUCUGUUGUCUCUGCGACUGCUGGCGAACCGGGCUCUCGGGGAUGCCGCCUUUCAGUACCUGCUGCAGCAGCUCUUUCCUGGCCCUGGUGUCCCAGACGCGGAGGAAGAGACGCUCCAAGGCAGCCUGGCCCUUCUCGCCCGCCGCCGGGCCGCUGUCCACCUGCUGCACUUCAACGCCUAUAGAGAGAACCCGGUCCUUCAGGAGGACUCACUGAUGAAGACCCAGGCGGAGCUGCUUCUGGAGCGUCUGCAGGAGGUGGGGGAGGGCGAAGCGCAGGGCCCUGGCAGGUUUCUCAGCAGCCUAUGGGAGCGCGUUCCCCAGAACAACUUCCUGAAGGUGAUAGCGGCCGCGCUCUUGCUUCCCCCGUCGUCUCCCUGGCUCCAAGGAGAGGAAUUGGAACCGGGCAGCCCCAAAACACCGAGAGAGGGGGGUCAAGAGUUGCUUCAUUGGCUCCUGGGGAAAUCAGAUGUCAUGACUGCCUUUUGCCGCAGCCUCCCAGCCGAGCUUUUAACUUCGGUGGCAGGGCGUCAUCCAGAGCUUUCCCGGGUCUAUCUGGGUCUGCUGAUAGACUGGGGUCGGCACCUGAACUAUGACCUUCAGAAAGGCAUUUGGUUUGGAACUGAGCCCCGCGAUGUGCCGUGGGAGGAGUUGUUCAGCAGGUUUCAAAGCCUCUGUCAGGCCCCUCCACCUCUGAAAGAUGAAGUUCUAACUGCCCUGAAGUCCUGUAAGGCACAAGAUGGAGAUUUCGAAGUCCCUGGUCUUAGCAUCUGGACAGACCUGUUGUUGGCUCUUGGGAGCAGUGCAUGAUACUGCAUUUGGGAAAAGACAAGUUUUAGGUCUCAGCCCCGGCCCGAAUUCUCUGUGGGCAACUUUCUGUUAUUGAUUACUUGAAUGCAAAAUUUGGGUUUACAAAAUUAAAAUUCCAGUGUUCUCACCAAAUCUCCUAUACUUUCAUGUGUCCAAAAUAUUAUUUUAGGUGCUAAUUUAUAAUAUGUAUAAUACUAACUUCCAAAUAUGUAAAGUAACUGGCUUGUAGUGCCAUGGAUUUUCUGUAUAGAAGCGGUAAUGUUCUAAGUAUUCUACCUAAAGCCAUAGAAUUAACAGUAGUUGCUAAGAAGGCACCUUUCUAAUAAUGCUGAAAAGAUAUGUGCUUUUCAAAGAAAAAGUAGCUUUAAAGUGACAAAACAGGACCUUUUUUUAUAUCAUUAAUGCCUUUUGUAGUUGUUUGUUUUUAAAUCUCUAGAAUUGAAGAGAUUGCUUUUAUCAAUGACAUGUGUUGUCAGAGUGAUUUGGAAAGCCACCUGGCCUAUUUGGACUUUAAACCCUGCACGUUGGCCUUGCUAACCUAAUGUUUUAAACAAUUAACCAGCCUCAACAUGUAUUAAAAUUGUGUUAUUCAGAAA